UUACAGUCCAAGUGGUUGUGACAUGAUUGGCUGGUCCUUUGAUGACAACAAAAGUUGGGGGGCCCCAGUUGAGAGGUGGUCGUCAGUAGAUAGCUGGGCUAGCGCUCUUUCUGACUGGGCAGACAUUAUCUCAUCUCCACCGGAAGACCUCACUGCUGCCUUCACAGAGAUAGGAGCAGAGAUAGAUGCUCUGACACAGGCACUUGCUGAGGUAACCACUCAGAUUGAAAUAGGACAACAAAGUAAAACAUCAGAAGAUAUUCUCGAUCAGUCCAUUAUGGGAGUCCAAGACAAGCCUUUAGACUCACACAGCAAUACAGAAAGUUCAGCCUUCUUGGAACAGAGCUGCCUGAGCUGUUGUCUUGGAGGUGAGAUUCAAGAGAAAGAAGGUAUUGAGCCAAAGUGUACAACAAAGGUGGAGCUCAUCAGAUGUCAGCUUAAGCCCAAACAACCAUCCAAGAGUUCAUGUGAGGUCACCACAUACAGUGACGAUAAAACUGCACUUUCUGUGGGACCAGGGCCAACAUUUGAAGCAGUUACAGGUCAGCUGCACAGAAGAUCGGAUUCAUCUGACACAAAUGUAAGCAGUGACGUGGUUCUGAACAUUGUAGAGGACACAGAUGUGGAAUAUGAGAGAGCAUCCAAAGGUCUUUUCUAUUGUGAGCCCCAUAGAGACAACAAGUGUGAGGUAAAAGAUGAACCCAGUUUCUCUUCAUUGGACUUGGCGUCUGAGCGGGAUAUUGAAAGAAGUUGUGCCUCAUCGAAGACACUCAAGGUCGCACAUCAAGGGAACGAUGCACUAGCUUUUAAUUUUCUCAGUACACUCACUCCAACAAACGUGCACGUGCCCGAAGAGGACAGUAACCCUGGGCUGAAUGUGCAUGUGACUUUAGCAGACCUUGAUGGAGCAUGUCAGGUGGAGCCACUGUGGGGGAGUCCUAAGUUUAUUAUGCCCUCAGCUCCUGUGAGUAUUGGCUCCUCCCUUGUCACUCAGGCAGCAAGCAGCAGUUUAAAUGGAGACGAAGAGGCGACUAGAUGGGCUCUCAAAAGAGACAGUGUUUAUGAUCCCAAUGAAGCUUUUGAUUGCCAGCCAAAUUCAGAUGGUAUUACUGACUUCUCUUCAGAAAGUACUGAGGACAUCACUUGCUCACAGCAAACUGAAACAGAUUCUUCAAAAGACCUAAUAUCUGAUGAAGUUACACAGUGUUCUUUCCAUAAACCUAAAACUAUUUUUGAAGAAAGUAAAGACCUUUUAAACUUGGCAGUAAUAUCAAAUGAUCAUUUCACAGUCUGUCUGGAAAAACGGGUAGCAUGCUUAACUUUGGACUUGUAUGACCCUUUUGUUCCUUUGGCUUCAAAAACCUCUGUUGCAAGAAUGCCACACAGAACUCACAAGUCCUCCUUGGAGGGCAAAACACGAUCCAAAAAGGACAGACAUGUUGGUCAUUCCCAUGGCGUCCAAUCCUUAAGGAAGCAGGAGAACCUACACUGUAAUGAUGGAGCUGAACAACCACUUUGUACAUUCAAAGAAAAUUUCACAGGAGAACAAGAGACCAGAGUGGAACAUAAGGAUGGAGAAAAUGUUAUAGAGGUGGGAGCAGUCCCACAGAAAGAGAUCGGCAGACGCCAUAGUAAAAAGAAAAAGAAACACCUAGGGAAAUGUACAAGUGAAUCGCUGACUGAAGUAGAGAAUGAGGCAAAAGCUGACAAAGCCAUAACUGAUAUACUUAAAGAGAAACAAGUUACAAAGGACAGUGACCAAUCAGGGGCUAUACAGAAAAAGACAGAGAAAGCAGAGACUAAAACACCACAAAACUGUCCAGACAAAUUGUCCCAAAAUACAAGUGCACCAACCAACGAUGAUGACUUGAUUAAAAAACGCCGCCUGUCACAGGAUAAGUUUGGAAAAUUGGUCAGUUCUCUGGAAUCUAAAUUAACUAAAGGAGACACAUCAAAAACAGUGGAAGACAAGGCUGAUGCUGGGGCAACUCGCAGGAAAGCAUACAGCGAAGUAGUGAAGCAGAAAAGUGUUAAACCAAAGCAAGAUCUUAAGGUUGUGCAACCUAUCCAGGCAGUGUCUGUGAGUGGAGACCCCCAGAGCCUUUGUCUGUGGUGUCAGUUUUCAGAUGUUCUCACUGACUACACAGUCACAUGGAGGAAAGACAGCGAUGUUCUGACUGAAAUUAAGAGGAGUGCAGGGGAUGAGAGUAGAAUAUCGCUGACCAUCUCCAAUGCUUCCCACAAAGACUUGGGCAAGUACCAGUGUGAACUGAAAAAUGUACAUGGAAAAGUCACCCUGGACUUCUUGCUAACCUAUGAAUUGCUCAGUGAGAUUGUCGUCCCAACAAUUUCUAAAACCACUCCUGCUGUUCCUGUUGAGGUGGGCCAUGAGGAGGAGAGCAUUCACUGCUCCAGACUGAUGUUCAAAGAGGACUUUCUGUCUGAACAAUACUUUGGGGAGAGUCAUUCUGCGAGCAUUGUCACUGAGAAGAUCCACUUCGGAGAGGGCAUGCACCGACGGGCCUUCAGGACCACGCUGCAGGCAGGACAGGUCCCACUGCUGGUGCCAGGACACGCCUGUGUGCUUAAAGUGCACAACGCCAUUAGCUACGGAACCAACAACAACGACGAACUUGUGCAGAAAAACUUCAAUCUUGCCGUGGAGGAGUGUCAGGUGCAGAACACUGCCAGGGAGUACAUCAAAGCAUACACUGAUGUGGCUCAGUCCUUUGAGGCUUUUGGACCAGUCCCAGAGAUAAUUCCCAUUUACCUGGUCCACCGGCCAUCCAAUGACAUACCUUAUGCCACUCUUGAAGAGGAGCUGUUUGGAGAUUUUGUGAAGUAUUCAGUAAAGGAUGGCAAAGAAAUAAACCUAAUGAGGAAGGACUCUGAGGCGGGACAGAAAUGCUGUGCAUUCCAACACUGGGUUUACCACCACACUGAUGGCAACCUUCUUGUCACUGAUAUGCAAGGUGUUGGUAUGAAGCUCACUGAUGUUGGAAUUGCCACUGGUAAGAAAGGGUACAAAGGCUUCAAAGGAAAUUGUGCCACAUCUUUUAUUGACCAGUUCAAAGCCUUGCAUCAGUGCAACACAUACUGUGAAAUUCUGGGACUUAAGUCUCUGCAACCAAAGCCAAAAAAGACUGCACCAGCUCCCAAGUCCAAGGAUCCACCUGGGGCUACCCCCAAGAAGAAGAUGUUCGGGCCUUCAUUGAAGGGGAAGUCAUAAGUGGGUGGAGGCCACAGCUGAGCUAACAGACUUUUAAUUUCUUAAACAUUUUAUUUGAAAAAGACUUUUUAAAAGUGUGUCUGAUGAUGAAAAACAAAACUGUGACAGAUGAAACACUUGAAAUUUUGCAUUUUCAUGUGGCUUGACAGUAACGUGAUGUUUCAAAUAAUAGUUCAUUAAAUUAAUGAGCGUUUAAUAUUUGAUUGAAUAACAUUACUUUAGCUUUGGCUUUUAGGGAUGCAUACAUUUUUAAUUUUAUUUUCCACUGAUGCUAGAAACAUCAUGACGUUAAUUACAGUAUAAUGGUGCAUCCCUAUUUUUUGGUUGCAAUGCAACACAUUUGUAUGUUUUCUUUAUUCUUUAAUUUAAUUGUACUGUCUAUUUAAUAGGAUAUAAUUUUUGUAAAUGAGUACUGAAAUGUGAACAGUUUUUUUUUUAGUCUCUCUUUUGCAGAUGUUAAAACUAUUUUUGAAGUAGUGUAUAACCACCACUUUGAUUUUAACCUGUGUGUACUAGUCUGUGUACAAAGACUACUCGUAGCCUAC